AUGGAAAAAUAUAAAGAAAAAUUUUUGUUUUUUAAUGCUCAAGUUGACAAACAUCUUUCAAACUAUCCUAUAAUUUGUGACUUGGAAAAAAAAACCAAUGUUCCAAAAACUUAUAUGGCCGGUGGUGUCGUAGCUUUUGUGUUUAUGUUGAUCUUUUUCAACGUUUGGGGCGAACUACUUUCCGAUAUUAUUGGCUGGCUUUACCCAGCUUAUGCUUCAUUCAAGGCUAUUGAAAGCCCAGAGAAAACAGACGAAAUGGCAGAAUUCUUUUCUGACUUCAUUCUCUAUUGGGUUCCAUUCUAUUUUCCCUCCAAAACUGUCUUUUUCCUUUGGCUCUUCCUUCCACCUUUCAAAGGUGCCCAAAUUAUUUAUCAAAAAUUCUUAGGGCCAACUCUCAAGGCAUAUGAAAGUGUCAUUGAUAAGAACUUAAAGAACUUGAAAGACAAAAUUGAAGAUGCAACAAAAGAAGCUACUAAAAACAUAAUUGAUUCUACUAAAUCAGAACAUUUGGAAUAA